CCGUCGUUACGGCGCGGCGGAGCUCAGCGGCUCCAGCCCCGUGCUCGUUCUCACUCCCUGAGGCGUAUCUGAUUCUGCUCGGUCCGUCAUGGUCGUGGGAAUUCACGGUCCUCCGGAGGGAAACGGGAUUUGAGUGUCACUAUGCGUAGAAGCGGAAUAGACGAAGCCGACGCGCAUCCAGCUGCUAGCUCGCUGGGUAGGUAGCUAGCUACCAGCCCGCGGUGAACCAGCUAACCGUGGCUAGCUAGUUACAGUCGCCCUCCGAGACGAGCGAGAAACCCCGCACCGAGCCAGCUGGAUACUUGUCUUCGUGUGUCGUGAAGGGAUAAAAUGGAGCUGUUCCAGGCCAAAGACGAAUACAUUCUCCAGAGCGGGGACCGAGCUCUGUGGUGCAGCCGAAAGGACGGGACGAUGGCAGUCAGACCUGCGACGGACCUGUUGUUAGCUUGGAAUCCAGUGUGUUUGGGUUUGGUGGAAGGUGUCAUUGGAAAGAUCCAGCUUCACACAGAUCUCCCCCUCGGACUCGUAUUAAUCCGCCAGAAAGCGCUGGUGGGCCAUUUACCAGGCAACCACAAAGUCUACAAGAUCACCAAGAUCGCUGUCAUCCCCCUGUCCGAUGAAGAGCCCCAGGAGCUCGAGUUGGAGCUUUGCAAGAAGCAUCAUUUCGGAAUCGACAAACCAGAGAAGCUGGCUCCGUCACCGGAUGAAUCCAAGUUCUUAAUGAAAACUUUGAGUCAGAUCAAAUCAAAUGUAGCAGUGCCCAUCAAGAAAAAGUAUUCCCCUGCCUUCCAGGUCAAGGAGAACAAAGAGAAGGAGCGGCUGGAGAGACGGCUGCUGGACGAGCUGUACAAGAUAUUCAUGGACUCGGACUCCUUCUACUACAGCAUGACGUACGACCUGACGAACAGCGUGCAGCGUCAAGGAGACUCGGAGAAGUCCGGCCUGCCCUUGUGGAAACAGGUGGACGACCGUUUCUUCUGGAACAAGCACAUGAUCCAGGAUCUCAUUGACCUUCAGGUCCCAGAUGUCGACUUCUGGGUGACGCCGAUCAUCCAGGGUUUUGUGCAGGUGGAGGAGCUGGUGGUGAACUACAAUGAGACGUCAGACGAGGAGCGGAGCAGCCCCGAGACGCCGCCGAAAGAGAUCACCUGUGUGGACGACAUUCACCCUCGCUUCACCGUCGCUCUGAUCUCCAGGCGGAGCCGCCACCGCGCCGGGAUGCGGUACAAGCGCAGGGGAGUGGAUACAGAUGGCCAUGUGGCGAACUAUGUCGAGACGGAGCAGUUGAUCCACGUGCACAGCCACACGCUCUCCUUCGUUCAGACGCGUGGCUCUGUGCCCGUCUUCUGGAGCCAGGCGGGCUACCGCUACAAUCCCCGGCCUCGCUUAGAAAAAGGGGAGAAUGAGACCAUGUCUUACUUCGCUUCUCACUUUGAGGAGCAACUUAAACUCUACACGAAACAAGUCAUCAUUAACUUGGUGGAUCAAGGUGGACGGGAGAAGCUGAUUGGCGACGCAUAUCUGAAGCAAGUCCUGCUUUACAACAACCCAAACCUCACAUAUGUUUCAUUUGACUUCCACGAGCACUGCCGCGGCAUGAAGUUUGAGAACGUGCAAAUACUGACAGAUGCAAUCUCCGAUAUCAUCACUGACAUGAAGUGGGCCUGGGUGGAUCAAGCGGGAGUCAUCUGCAAGCAGGAGGGGAUCUUCAGAGUCAACUGUAUGGACUGUCUGGACAGGACCAACGUGGUCCAGGCUGCUAUUGCUCGAGUGGUGAUGGAACAGCAGCUGAAGAAGCUGGGCGUGAUGCCUCCGGAGCAGCCGCUGCCUCUCAAAUGCUACAGGAUCUAUCAGGUCAUGUGGGCCAACAACGGCGACACCAUCAGCCGACAGUACGCAGGAACGGCAGCGCUCAAGGGAGAUUUCACCCGGACCGGGGAGAGAAAACUGGCCGGAGUGAUGAAGGACGGCGUGAACUCGGCCAACCGAUACUAUCUGAACCGCUUUCGGGACGCUUAUAGGCAAGCCGUCAUCGAUCUGAUGAUGGGCCUGCCGGUGACGGAAGACCUGUACUCCAUCUUCAGUAAGGAGAAGGAGCACGAGGAGAAGGAGAAGGAGAGCAUUCGAGGAGCCCAGGAGCAGGUCAGCCUCCUGCUGCAGACCUACAUGCAGCUCCUGCUGCCCGACGAUGAGAAGUUUCAUGGCGGUUGGGCUCUGAUCAAUUGUGACAUGAGCCUCAUCGAUGCAAACAACAAAGAUGUGGACGUGCUGCUCCUCCUGUCUGACAAAGCCUACUACAUCGCUUACUAUGAUGAAGAAGCAGAUAAAGUCAACCAGUACCAGCGCCUGAACCUAGAAGGCUUAGAAAAGAUAGAAAUCGGGCCCGAGCCGACUCUGUUCGGGAAGCCAAAGUUCUGCUGCAUGCGUCUGCACUACAGGAACGAGGAGGCCGGCGGAUACUUUCACACGCUGAGAGCGGCAACGCGAAACCCUGAGGACGACGGAAAAGACACAUUGCAGUGCAUAGCUGAGAUGCUGCGCAUAACGAAGCAGGCCACAGGGCUGGAUCUGCUUGUGGUCGAGAAGAAGAUGGAGAGGCGGCAGACCAGGCCUCAUGAAGACAUAAUGGGGAUCCAAAACAAGCCUGCGGACCAGGUCCAAGGGAGCUCCGGUCUGGCUCAGGGCAAGAGUUUCCUCCUCAACAAAUUCUCCUCACUCAAUCAGAAAGUGAAGCAGACUAAGACCAACGUCAACAUCGGCCCCUUCAAGCCCCUCGGUAAGCUGGGCACCUUCUCCAAGCCCGACGUGAAAGUCAAUUUCCUGAAGCCAACGAUGCACGUCAACCUGUGGAAGUCGGACAGCAGCUUGGAGACGUCGGACAGCAACCCCGGCAUAGGGGGCCUCAAAGAAGAUCACUUCGACAUCUCCUCCGACUCAGACUCGUACAACUCAGACCCGGAACACCCGUGUUCGGGGUCCUUAGAAAACGUGGAUUAUGUGUUGCCCAGCUGUGGCAUCGUAGCGUCAAAUCCACGGCUGGGCAGCCGCUCUCAGUCCAUCGGCAGCGUGGAGCUAAACAUCCCGUCUGUCAUCCGGGUCACCGGCUGCGACGGAAAACAGGGCGGCACCCCUCCGGUCGGCGAGGACAAGUCGCCCGGGGCCGCCUCGGUGGCCGAAGAAGCCAUCCUGAUUGACUUUGGCACUCCCAUCGACGCCUACUGCCACCAGUUCGUCCAGGACGCACAGACCAAACCCGUGGAGGUGUUUGGAGAGCGCCCGCCAGCCGCCGCGCCGCCGCCCAACCCCGUAGUGCCUGCGCAGAGUAAAACCCCAGCAGACCCGGACAAGCAGCAGAGCUCGGACCCGGAGCCCCAGCUCCCCAGGCCAUCCCAGCUGGACGUCCAGUCCUCUACCUCCAGCACCAGCCUGCUCUCCGUCCAGAAGCCCAGCUCCGCCGUCUCAGGAGGCUCUCAGAGGAGCCUGAGCUCGCAGAUAGAGGGCAGCCUCGGCCCCUCGCCGGCCGACAGCAACGGCAGCCGCGUGGUGUCCCCUUUUGCCAAGAUCAAGAGCUCCAUGGUCCAGGUGGCCAGCCUGACCCAGGCGGGGCUCACCCAGGGCAUCAACUUCGCCGUGGCGAAGGUGCAGAAGAGCCCCGAGCCGGACGCCGUCAACGAGGCCCAGGAGAGCGAGCUGAAGGCAAUGUUUACACAGUGCCAGACCAGGAUCAUUCAGAUCUAGUGCUUUCCCCCGUAGCAGGAGUGGGAGCCCGUCGUCCUGGAGAAACUUCCCGUAGCAGCAGCUUCCCACUCGGCCAAGACGCACACCCUUCAAUUUCCUGUUCCGUCACGUUUGCUCCAAGUCAUGAGUCUUGUACAGAAUCGACUAAUCCCAAGUAAUCAUGUUAACACGCACAUGAUCGAGGUUUCCUCUAUUUUCAGAGCACUUUUAAGAUAGUAUAUAACUAGGAUUUCUUUUUUUUUUCCCCUCAUGCAACCUUGCACAGUGACUGUAGAUAUUAUUUCUGUUUCAUAAUGUACUGACUAGAUCUCCCUCCCUGUUCUACCAAAGCAAAAUACAACAAUUGCAUAACACAAAAAUAGUGUUGUUUUAAAAAAAACAAACAAAAAGAACCUCCAUUCACACCUGAAGUCACUCCGUCAAAUCACAUUGUCGUAUCGGUAACUUAUAGGUAACAGGUAACUAGAAAUCCUGAAGAUAUUCAGGGAUUUUUUUUUUUAGGCGUUUUAAACUCAUAUCCGCUCCGAUAGUGUUUAGAAUAUGUUGGUGUCGGUAAACACGUCUCCGUUCCCGGACCGACAUUUACUCAUUCUGACAGCCGCACUGCUUGCAUGUGAGGUCAAAGGUCAACAAGGCGGGUGAGCGUUGGCUGCAUGUGUAAAAGACCCAACUCCGUACUGUACGUCGUCCUGUAUGUGCAGGUCACUUAUUGGCGUUUUGCAGUUCUAGACCUCGUGAUAACCUUUCAACCUGUCAGUGUAGUAGUUUGAAAAUAAAAAGAGAGAGAGAGAGAGAGAGAAGAAAAACACAACCAAAUAUCUUCCGUGAACCCCAAAGUAAGAUUCUAUGUUGAAUAUUACCUUUUUGUAUAGAAGCUAGCAGCCGAGACACUGUACGUAGUUAACCUAUGUAAUAUCAAUGUUGUCAGUGUAACUUUGCAGAAAUACUGUUGUAGGAGUAACGACUACAAGAUCUUAGUAAGAGUAUCCCGGUUAUUGAUCUGUACAGUGAGUAACGUUUAUCUGUCCCCGAGUCCAGCCUUCCUGAGCGUUUGGUGAAAGGGCGCCCAGUACCGUCACCGCUAACCAAGAAUAACCAGAAGCCUCCUGGUUUGAAAUUGUUUUUGAUGAAGAGAUGCAUAAUGAAAACCUAUUCUGCUAUUUAAAAAAAAAAACAAAACAAAAAAAAGGACACAGGAGGAUUUGAUUAAACUGAAUCCUCCUCCAGCAUCGUGCGUGCAUGCCUGACAUGGACCGGAGAAUAGUAGAUAGAUAUGCAAUUCCACCCACCCAACCAUUGGACACACUGACGCUUUAUGCACUCCCCAAACCGAAAGCAUAUUUGCCUUAACAGCCAAUUGAAGUGGGAUUAUGUAUAUCAGGUAUUUAUGGCAAAAUCUACCUUUUUAAGUCCGUUCUUACAUGUUACAUUUGGUGUACUGUAUAAAAUAAAGUAAAAAAAAAAAAAUAAUAAUAAUAAAUCAUGUUCAGGGUUACCAUGGUAUAUCAUCCAGCUUUAUCUUGGGAUAUUUCAUCCAGAUAUUGGCGCAUAUUCUCCAGGGAAUUGAGAUUUUUAGAGAUAUAAAUGGUGUGUUUGGGACGUGUGUGUGUGUGUGUGUUGUACAGCAUGUGUGAGUCUGUCGGAGCGUCAGCGCCGCUGCUUGUAUUUCGGAAUGCUUGCCUUAGAGUCCUACCUAUAUUUAUAUAUGCGACAAAGCCGUAAACAUUGUUAUAUCGUAGCUGUUUUGGUGAGAAUCUCCACCGGACUGCCAGAAAUCACACCGAGCUACAAGUUCAUGACAUGAAAUAUCCCAAGAUGGAGGGUCACGUCUCACGCCGUGUCCGUCUGCCUGUUUCCGGCACCCAGCUCGCUCCCCAGCGUCCCGCCGUACGCUCGCACCAGACCGAAGCUGCUGCUGAUUGCUGCCAAUAUUUUAAGGCAACAGCUGUAAUGUAGAUGAGAUGAGAGAGAGGUGUUUUGUUUUUUUUUCCUUUCAGGAUGACUAACACUGGAGCUGUUCUCAAGCAGAGCGAAAAAACUCAAUCUGCACUAAAAACUAGCUGUAAAAAUAAAGAAGCAGUAAUCAUUCCUGAGGGAGAGAGAGGAAGUGACGCUGGGAGUGUCAGAUCUGCUUUUUAUAUGCAAAAGCUGGCAGUUGGAAUCGAUCCUGUAUUUUGCUGGGUGAGAUUUUUUUUUUUUUUUCUUCUUCGUCUCUACUUUCCUUCGGUUGGUUUUCACACAAAGUGCUUUGCAGUCACCUCCUCCUUUGUGCUCUGUGCUCGUCGAUCUUGUGACUGAAGACCUUCUUCAGGCGUUUUUGAUUUGCACUGUUAAAAAGCACAUUUUCCAGCGUUGGCACCAUUUCAUGUGAGACGCGUCUGUCCCUCAUUCCCACCUGACUGUUGUCCUGAUUUUCCAGUGUAAUGAGAUUGUAUUAUAUAUUAAAGUAUCUUAUUUAUUCUU